AUGUAGUAUGGUAAAAGAGGAAGUGAUUUGACAAAAUCCAAGAUCGAGCUUCUGUUUUCUGAACAAUUAGAAAAACAAAUAUUACCUACUGAAUCCGUGGAAUCGCUUGAUAGCUUUCUACCCUAGUUCCAUUGUUCUAAUUAGGAGUAACUUGAAAGUGAACAUAGAAUAGUGCUAUAUUUAAGGUAACUGGGAGUAUAAUUUAAAACUGAUCCAAGAAAUAAAGAAUUAGAAUAUUACGAAAAGUCAAAGAAAAAAGGAAUAGUUUUUUAAGAGUCUAUAAGUGAAUCGCCUUAAUUAGGUCCGCAAAAAAAUAAUGAAAUUUUUUAAUGUAAACAAAUGAACAAUGGAGAGUUUACGCCUUGGUUAAAUUAAUUGAUAGUGCGCAAAAAAUAAAGUUUAGAAUCAUGA